AUGCAGAUGAGCGUUGUGGGUGUCUUUGCGGUCGGAGACGCCAACAACAACGGCAGCACCAACAUGCCACACGCCAUGUUCAGCGGCAAGCGGGCUGCAGUGUGCAUCCAUGUUAAACUUGCCCGGGAGGAGGCACGCGCUUCGCUGGGCAAACAAGACACAGAAAUCGAAGCAAGAGAGCUGCAGGGAGAGGCAGAACCUGCUUGA